AUGCUAACACGUGGUGUCUUACUGAUGCUAAUCCUUGCAGAACCAACUCAAGCCGCUUUUGCUAUCGAUAUAGCCAUUUGUCAGGAUUCAGCUUAUGAACUAUGGAAACAGGAGAUGAUCAAAGUCAGAGAUGAUGUGAUCUUUAUACACGAGUGUCAAAUUUAUGCUGGAGCCCUCUGCCACAAGGAUUACUAUUUCCUCUCAUGGGUGUUCUUCAGCAGUGGAGCACUUUAUUGUUAUGAAACGAAACGCAUACCCACGAUUGUGGGUGCUAGCUUGAGAGGAAGCUCAGCCUUGAGCUUCAAAGGCCACAAAUUGCUUAUGUUUGGAGCUGACGCUCGUUCAAGCCCAUGUCCACCAAUGUUAAGAUAA